AUGACGUCGGUCGCAACCACCUUUCAGCAAGAGGAAUUGAUGCAGGAACAAGAGAAACAACAGGAGCAACAGCAGCAACCACGUUUGCGUAAUCCUACCGCAUACCAUUUUGCUCAACAACAGCAACGACAACGCUAUACUUUGCGUAAUCCUACCAUAUACCACCAGUCUGCGGAUUACACCGAUGACCCAAAUCAGCGAUCACUAGAGAUAGAGACCCAGCGACAGUUACAACAAUAUGAAACAUCGUAUAGCUCCUUACAAUUACCCACUGGUCUGCCAACAUAUCCUAUUUCGCAUCCGGCAAGCGAACAACAAACGCAGCAACAGAACGAUACUUCGUUGGCUGGGCAAAACCUGCUUACGCAAUAUCAACAACGAGGAGGGUCGUCGCAGUAUCAGAAUUCAAGGCAACAUGAUGGACAAACAUCGAACGAAUUAUUCAUGCCGAUGCAAUCUGAACAUGGAUUACAGAAACAAAACCCGCUGCCCAAUACGUUUGGAGUUUCUCCGGGGCAUUACCCGUCACAGUUACAAGGAAACAUCCAUCACCAAGUGUCUCCACUACAAAGCGAUUGUGCUCCUAUGGAUAUUGAUGAAGCAUCUUUGCAAUCUCAAGUAAUCCGUAAUCAGCAGGAAGAGUCCAAUAUUUCUUCCUUUAAUGUUCUUAUUAAAUCUGGUAUUGCCAAAAUUUCUGAUUUUGGUCUAUCUGGACGGAUUAUGUCCUCAUCAAUAGGAGACGGUGCUGCUGCAUACAGAGAUCCCUUAUCAUUCAGAGUUCCAUUAUAUAAACGGGGAAAGAAAUCUGAUGUUUUCAGUCUUGGGGUGCUGCUCUGGGAAAUUUCUAGUGGGCAAAUUCCUUUGAAAGUCCUGAUAAAAGACCAUUAUGUGAAGGCAUAUACAAACAAUUAG